CUCCUAAUGUGUCCUUGAGCCGCAAUUUUACAACAACCGCCUUCGAUGCAUAUGGUUGCACGCGCUUCGAAGGAGCGUGAUCAAACCUCUAAAAGGACAACGGCAGGGCCACCUGAGGGCAGCCGAAAUAUGAGCCAAUCCCGAUGUCGAAGCCGUAUCCCUAAAUCUCUUCUUACAACAUCAUCGCGCAUUUUCAGGUCAUUCCAUCAAAUCCCACUUCUUUUUACAUUUCUACCCCUUCUAUUUCUCUUCUCUCCUGAUCUUCCCGUUCCUUUGCUUUCUGUGCUCGACGUACGCACUCGCCCGCCUCAUCACACAUACACAGACGAAGAGUUUCAGACGCACAUGGCGAUGCCGACCGCGAUCUCCAGGCGGAUUCUCGCCGGAAGCCCCGCCCUCGGAGUGCGAUCCAUGUCCUCCUUGUGGGGGAACGUCGAACCCGCCCCCAAAGAUCCCAUCCUCGGCGUUACCGAGGCUUUCCUCGCGGAUCCCAGUCCUGAUAAAGUGAAUGUUGGAGUCGGAGCCUACCGUGACGAUAAUGGAAAGCCUGUCGUGCUCGAAUGCGUUAGGGAAGCAGAGAGGAGGAUCGCUGGAAAAUUAAACAUGGAAUAUCUUCCAAUGGGAGGAAGUGUGAAGAUGAUUGAAGAAUCACUGAAACUGGCAUAUGGGGAAAACUCUGAUUUGAUUAAAGAUAAAAGGAUUGCAGCAGUUCAAUCUCUUUCCGGGACUGGUGCAUGCCGACUUUUUGCAGACCUUCAAAAGCGCUUUCAGCCAGAUUCUCAAAUUUAUAUUCCAGUCCCAACCUGGGCCAACCAUCAUAACAUAUGGAGAGAUGCCCAUGUACCUCAAAGAACUUUUCACUACUACCAUCCAGAAACGAGGGGUCUAGAUUUUGCACAGCUGAUUGAUGACAUAAAGAAUGCUCCAAAUGGGUCAUUCUUUCUGUUUCAUGCUUGUGCUCAUAAUCCUACUGGAGUGGAUCCUUCAGAAGAACAGUGGCGAGAGAUCUCAUACCAGUGUAAGGUUAAAGGUCAUUUUGCUUUCUUUGACAUGGCUUAUCAAGGCUUUGCUAGCGGCUAUCCAGAAAAGGAUGCGAAAUCCAUCAGAAUUUUUCUUGAGGAUGGUCAUCUAAUUGGAUGUGCCCAGUCAUAUGCAAAAAAUAUGGGACUCUAUGGCCAAAGAGUAGGAUGUCUUAGUCUGGUUUGCGAAGAUGAAAAACAAGCAGUGGCUGUGAAAAGUCAGAUGCAGCAGCUUGCCAGACCCAUGUACAGCAACCCUCCAGUUCAUGGUGCACUUAUUGUUUCAACUAUACUUGGAGAUCGGGAUCUGAAAAGCUUGUGGCUGAAGGAGGUUAAGGUCAUGGCUGACCGUAUCAUAGGAAUGCGAACUGCUCUGAAAGAAAAGCUUGAACAUUUGGGAUCACCCUUGUCAUGGGAGCACAUAACUAAGCAGAUUGGCAUGUUUUGCUAUAGUGGGUUGACACCUGAGCAGGUUGAUCAUUUGACUAAGGAAUUUCAUAUUUACAUGACCCGUAAUGGCCGUAUCAGCAUGGCAGGUGUUACAACUGGCAAUGUUGGAUAUUUGGCAAACGCGAUUCAUGAGGUCACAAAAUCUGCUUAGUGACAUCUUCAUUACAAGUAACCUAUGGCUCCAUUGAUAGAUUAACUAGGCGGCCAAAGAAGUUAGCCAGAGGGUUUACAAAUAUCAUAAAAUUUUUGUUUCUUUUUCCUUUCCUCCCUACCAAGCAUAAUAAAAUGAAUGAAUUACACUCGGCCAAUUUUAUGCUUCUUAUUUUUAUUCCCUUAAAAAUAGGAGGGAUCACUGUAACCAUGGAAGAGUAAAAUUUACUUGAGUUUUUCUAUCCUAUUUACAAAUAAAUCAGGUGCAGGCAAUAGGUUGUACGUUCGAGAAUUGAGAACGAUAAGUUAUGUCUGAGACCAUGUAACUGAUUUGAAUUUGAUUCUAUACAUUUAAAUUGAAUCAAGAAUUUAUAGCA